CCCAUAUAUGGCCAUUAGCAAUACCAUCACUCAGGUUUGGCCUUAUCAAUAUCAUUCCUUGGUGUCCGAUUAUCCAAUGAUGAUGCUAGCACGCAUAGACAUGGCACACGCGUGCAUGGUCGAAUACAUCCGAUGUUUGGUCCUAUCUUUAAUACGAAGAAGAACUUGGAAGCAUCUUCCAUCAUCAUGUCUGUGUAGAUCUACCAGGCGGGUGCUGUUGACUGACAGUGAAUUGCUCCGGGUAGACGGGCUAGCUGCCAGGAAUGUCGCUGAACAAGCAUGUCUGCUUUCCAGGUCUUUAGAAUCCACAUUCUUACACCGACUGUUUAAAACAGGAAUGUCGCUGAACAAGCAUGUCUGCUUUCCAGGUCUUUAGAAUCCACAUUCUUACACCGACUGUAGAGUUGAUCACUCUCUGCCAUAUUACGGUAUAUGACAAGAAGGACAGCACCAUACCAGUCACUCGCUGGCUUCCCAACAAUCGGAAACAUUCUAGACCACCUGUACUGUUCUCGAAUCACAUCUCGCAGCAUGGACGGGAAUGGUAACAACGACAUGUUGUAUCAUGUUCGCCAUCACACCAGCGAUCUGUAAGACAGCAGCUCAACCGACCGGCACGGAUCUGUAAUUUUCACAAUACAUGUACAUUGAUAAAAGAGUCGACAGUGGACACAAACAAAAUGCCGAUGCCAUUGUGUCGCACAUGCUCUAGAUUUCGAUCUUGACCCCGUUUUGCCUGGGCUAAAGUACAGUGUAGUCACAUCUACUGUUACCGUACUGCGCAUUCCACGGAGCGCUGUAGACCAUCUUGUAUAAGUGGGCUGGUUCCCUAUCGUUCGGUGCCCGAAAUUUGUCUCGUUCCAACAAUUGUGUUCCCACGGUUUGAUCAGAGCCUGGAUUUGCUGCUCCCUGGCAGACAUUCGUCUCACAUUGAACAGACUUGGAGCAAUCCGCUCAGGUUUUGAUCGCUUGCUGUCUGUCAUAGCUGAAUCCCAACACAUCGGAAGUUACCAUGUUCGUCUUCGGUAUAUGCUUCGGCUUUAUUUUAGCGCAAGGGGUAUCUGUCAAGUGUGAAGCUGACGAAGCCGCAAUAAUCAUCAAUGUUUCCCCGAUGGACCCCGCUAGUUUUGCAAGCAAAGAAGAAAGCGUUCACAAGCGCCAUGGGAAGGUCUGCGGAUGGACGUUUGCGCCGUGUUUCAGCUUGCAGGAAGCCGUUGACACUGCCGUGGACUUGAGAGCCAACGCCAGCAUGCUGCUGGCGUACGCAAAGAAUCAAAGCGAGAAAGGUCAGACUGUGCCACUGACGGCAGACACAACCGUACCCAUCGUUGUGAAGCUGAACGCACGGGCUGAUGUGUCAAGCUGCUGUAUACUCGCACAGCAUUCUCCACCUUUGUCUGCUGAGGGGAGUGGUGAUCACACUCAGAGUCACCAGGUUCCAGAAGUCCGCGUGAACCAGUUGGAGAACGUUCACAUCCAGGGUUCUCUGGAUAGUGGGUGUCAAUACGCCUAUGUAUGUCACUUGCCUAUUCCUCCCGGAGCAGAUCAGUCGCCCAGAACUGACGGCAAUUACACUGCAGAACCACUCAUUGAUAUCAGAGGCAGUUCGGGCAUUUCGUUUCGAAAUGUCGCGAUUAAUCAGAGCUAUGUUCGCGGAAUGGCGUCCAGGAAAGUACUGAUCGAUAUCUACUAUUCGAAACUGAUCUUCUUUGACAGGCUCGAGGUUCACAUGACCUCUUGCCGUACAGAAGCAAUAAGAGUGAGGACGUCACAGUUCGUCUACUUCCGCCGCAGCAAAUUCACUCGGAAAGCAUCGCAAUCGGAAAGUCUGCGAUUUUUCGAAGUGGACGAAACACUGCGAACUGUUUCGAUUCAACUGUAUGGUUUUCGUGGUGCAGGAGGUAACCUCUCGCGGGUUGAGAGAGCUGCCAUUCUGAACCAACUCCCCGAAAAGUAUCACUACACAGUCACUUGGCAAACAAAUAAUACAACGAGCAGAAGAGCAUUUGACGGUUUUAUCCCUGUUCCAAUCAUUCUUGUGAGCGAAUGUACGUUCCAUGAAGUCGGUGACAAGAAUUAUCCUCCCGAAGACCAGCGGACGAAAAGCAUCUCGCAUGAAGCGUACAGUGGAGUCGCCAUCGACAUAGUCUUUGACGGUACCACAGACGUCUCCGUACUUGUCGAAAGGUGUUCUUUCGCCAACAACAAAUCACCAUUCGGGGGAUCACUUUCUGUACUGUAUAAUACUUCUACUGUUGCCCAGCCAACACUUCGGAAUAAAGUCCUGGUCUCUCACAGCAAUUUUACGUCGAACAUUUGUGUGAGUGGUGCUGGCAUUCUUGCGCGCUUCCGCGGCAUAACAUGUCGGUACAACGCUCUACUCGUGCGAAACAGUUGUUUUGCGGAGAACCUCGUCAGCAAGGAAGGAGCAGCCGUUGGAGUGUUUUUCCAGUUCGACAAUUCCAAGCUAGGCAACAUCGUGCACUUUUUGAACUGUUCUUUUCGGAAGAAUGUGGCUCAGCUGGGUGGUCAUCCCACUCCGGGUGGUGCUGUGCUCAUUCGAUCCGGUGCCGGGUUCGCAACAACCGUCUCGCCGUCCGGCGAUGGAUUCAAUCAUCCGACAGCGGCUUCAGUAGUCUUGGAGAACUGCGUAGUCGAGAGGAAUGAAGGCUUCGCAACCAUCUACAUCAUUAGUACGAGAGUGACAUUCCUGGGCGAAACAGUGAUCUCCGAGAACAAGGUAGGAGCCAUUCUCCUAUCCAGAUCCUGUCUCACUGUCAAAGGCCGUCUGUACGUGCUGAGGAACUCCGGCAGUCAAGGCGGUGCACUGCAGCUCCUGCAGUACUCAGUGCUUGAUGCCAGAAAGGCGGACUUCUUGAACAUAUCCGGAAACGUUGCGUCUAAGUUUGGCUCGGCUAUAUUUGCGGGAGAAUCGAGCAGCACCGUAACAGAGGAGGAUGUACUACACGAGGCUGGUCAUAAGCGUAGCCCACAUUCCUUGGCAUGCCCGAUCUUGUUCCCAGAGAAUAGUACAGUUCGUGACCAGGCCAUCAAGAUCCUGUUGGAGAAGAACACGGCCAUCUCCAGUACACAGAGAAUCAUCAACGUCGUGUACAUGGCAUCCCUUCUCCGCUGUGUGUCCGUGUUUCGCCAAUACCUGAGCACGGCUCCCACUGAGGGGCACAGCGGCUUUGCGCCGUUUUGCUACUGCAUGCCGUACCCACCCGGUGCAUGGGAGCAGCAUGGAGGCUUGGCCGAUGGGAACGGCGCCAUCACCAAUGAAGCAGAUUUCCGGACUCUUCGCUCAGUGUACUUCCAGGAGACGCGGUUCCAGGAGAUGUGUCUCGUUUCCGGCUUCAACAGCUCAAAUGUUUCCUCGUCACACCUUUCAAAUGUUGUCGAUAGCUACAAAGGAGUGGAUGACCGGCCGAGUGGCUUUGCAAGUGGAGUAUGCUACGGCAACCUCACCACCGAGUAUGGCCUCUCUUGGCAGAAUCUAAGCAUGUACCGGAACGUGUGGUGCGGCGCCGUUAACCCUGUGUUUCACCAGCCCGACCGCUGCUAUAGCCGAGUGCAGGACACGUACGUGAUAAAUCUGAUCUCGCAUCAUCCCUGGGAGGCCUUCAGUCUGGGUACACGGCCCGGCUGGAUGUUCUUCAGCUCCAGUACGACGUCCUGCUACAAACACAUCGACGGAGAGGUGUGGUAUUUCCAUGAUGGCUGCAGCAGGGAGAAUAUUGUGGACCGUGUACAGAGCUAUGGGAAAAAGCUGAACUCCGUCACGGACUGCUCUCUGUUCCGCCUGGCCUUUCUGACUAACCGCGUGCAGAAGACGAUGACACCCAUGCUACCCGGGUACCGCCUAACACUGACGCCCUGGGCUGGAAUUGUGAACGAUUGGACGCGGGAGAAUUUCCUCGGCGAGGAGGUAUGCCAGCAGGAUGCAAGCAGAGAGAAGCAGGUCAGCAUGGCCAGCAUAGCGAACCUCACACUCCACCCGGCGCCCGGCGAAUACUUUAGUCUGAACGUCACCCUCGCCGACGAGCUAUUCACACACCGACCUGGAACGGUAUCUGUGACGGUUGUAAGCAGAGGGAACAAUGUGCUGAUGGGUCGAAACGACUAUGUCUACAAACCCCAUGAGGCCGAGGUGUUUGCAUCACAUCUAGUCUUGGAUCGGCUUGUUCUCUACGGGGCGCCCGGCUCCUCCGGUUACCUGUUCGUAACGGCUUUGGGGAGCAUCAACUUUUAUCAGAUCGGAGAGGAGACACUGAGCCUCCGCAUUCCGUUUUCCCUGCGUUCCUGCCACUUGGGGUUCAAAAAGAUGACUCUGGAUCAAGAUCAAGCUCAGAACAUUGUGUCAGCAUUCUCUGAGGAGCAUAUGGCACGUGGUAGGUCAUCAGGUGACGUCAACAGUCUGAACAUAACGCAUGCUUACAUUCGGAAGACCAUGGCCUGCCAGUGCGCGGAACAGCACGACGACGAGUGUGUCAAGGAGUGCCGAGACGGACGUCGAAUCGUCGUUUUCAGACGCUGCUGGGCGGGAGAUGUCAACAGCAAUGGCACGGAAGAGGGGAAAAUUCAACGGGCAUUUUCGGUUUACAAAACCACUGACUUCUAUGGUGAGAGUGGUAUGAACCGUAUGCGGGCCUGCCUGCCUGGCCAAUGCGGCCGACAUUUCGCAGCAUCACCGUGCAACACGCGCGAGUGCACCAAGAAGAACACCAGCUAUACGUGGAUACCGGACGUGGACGUGCCCUGCAAUGCCGAGUGCAACUGCGGUGGAAACCUGUGCUCCAGGUGUGUCGAAGGCUUCACGCUUCAACCAGGUUCUUCACUCUGUGUCGACUGUCGCCGUGCCAAGUUCAAGAUCCCGUUUGUCAUGUUUUUCAUCCUGGAGUUACUGGCAAGUGUGUUGCUGAUUGCAGCGCUGCUGUUCUUUAACAUCGGACUGACAGCAACACUGGAUAGCUGGUUCUUCUUUUCACAGGUGUUCUUCAGUGCGUUCAACUGGGAUCACUGGCUGAGAAGAAACGUAUCGCAGAGCAUUCUGACACUUGGCUUCAACUCGAUCUGCCUCAGCGACGCGGAGUUAGUGUCGGGACUGCCGGCAGUGGCCUGCAGUAUGUUCAUUCCACUCGUGCUGCCCUUUCUCACACUGCUUCUGUGGAUGCUGGCUCGGCGCGGCCAUGGCCUGGCCUACUGGAAGCGCAUGCAGAAGCGCAACUCCAUAGUGCACGUAUUCUGGCUGCUGAUCCUGGCGUCCACGUCCAUCCUGCCCUACGUCUGCUUCAAGCUGCUGAAAUGCGUGCCUCUGAAUGGCGUACAGGUGUCGUAUGUUGACGGCUAUGUCCAGUGCUUCAGCAAGCCACACAUACCGUACGUGGUGUUUGCGCUGCUCGUUCUAAUAUGCAUCGUAGCGCCGCCGUCGGUACUACUACUGUGGAGGCCGCUGCACAUCUGGCCGUCGCUGAAAGGGUUCCUGGACGAGGCCGGCCACAUCUAUGAGGACAGGUACCGGUGGUGGGCGGCCGUCAACUACCUCCGGCGUCUCGGCCUGGGCACGCUCAACUCCGUCAUGGGCACUGGCGUGCGAGCACGAGUGGUCACAGUCCUCGUGCUGUGCUCGUAUUCAGCACUUCAUGCUAUGUUCAGACCAUUUCGGCGAUCCACCAAGGUGUGGUGUGUCACUGACUUUGACAAUGCAUUUGAGCUUGUCCUGUUGACUCUGCUGACCUGCUUCAGCUUCACACAGGUGGUCUGGCUGGACAUUCCGCCCUGGCAUCGACAGAACGUCCUCGGCCGCUCCUGGUCAGUGUCGGUGUCAAGUAUCUACUGCGUUGUGACCAUCGUUUCUCUGGCCCGGGUCGUGUGGGGAUUGGUGAGGAGUUGGAACGACACGAUUCAACGACGACCGCGCCAGCACGUGCCUGAUUAUCGUGCUGGAGAGGACGGCAGUAGUUCGUCUGAGGCAGUCCUUCUGCCCACCAUCAUUCCGAAUCCAGCAGUCAGCCCACUCCGGGUACGUAGCCCCUACCCGCCAUCCAGUCCCAACCCGCCAUCCAGUCCCAACCUGCCAGCCAUUCCCAUGCACAACGCACCGCCCAGUCCGCGGCACUUGAGCGCCUCCACUGGCGAUACGUCUCAGCACAGCCAACCCAGUUUUCUACUUCGUGUUCACUCGGAUGAUGCCGACAAUCAAUCACUUCCCGAGCCAGUUUCUCCUCGAGCUUUAGCUCAUCACAUGUCGGUCUGUCCAAGCUCAGGAGGAUCAAGCUUACGCGAUCCCUUACUGUCUGACUACUUGAGGGAAGCUCGCCAUUGACAGCAAGCAAACUGUAUCUGACAGCGAUGCUGCAUGUUACCAUGUACCCCA